AUGGCGUCCUCCUUCCCGACCAAUCAAGCCAUCGUCGUAGGUGGCGGAUUGGGAGGUAUGUCUGCAGCAAAUACCGUCGUCGAAAGCGGGGGCCGCGUCGUGCUCCUGGACAAGUCGUCUUUCUGUGGCGGCAACAGUACCAAGGCCACCUCGGGCAUCAACGGUGCAGGCACGAAGACCCAGAAGGCAAAAGGAAUCCCGGACAAUGCCGACAUCUUCACCCAGGACACGCUGAAAGGCGGCGCAAAGAAGCCUGAGCUGGCGAAGCUCUUGUGCGUGAACAGCGCUGAGGACGUGGAUUGGCUGGUGGAGAAGUUCAACCUGGACUUGUCCCUCGUGGCCCGCCUGGGCGGCCAUUCGCAGCCCCGUACCCACCGAGGCAAGGAGCGCUUCCCCGGCAUGACCAUCACCUACGCCCUGAUCCAGAUGCUGGAGAAGGUCGCUGAGAAGACGGACCUGGCGCGCAUCAUCACGAAGGCCAAGGUCUUCAAGCUCGUGACAGAGGGCAAGGCCUGCGUGGGCUGCGUCUACGAGAAGGGCGGCCAGAACUUCCAGGAGUUCGGCCCCGUGAUCCUCGCAUCAGGCGGUUUCGGCGCCGACUUCACGCAGAACUCUUUGCUGGCCAAGUAUCGCCCGGACCUGCUGCACCUGCCCACCACCAACGGCGAGCACUGCACGGGCGACGGCAUCAAGAUGGGCGAGGAGAUCGGCGCGAAGACCAUCGACCUGGAGUGGGUGCAGGUCCAUCCGACCGGCCUCGUGAAGCCGGACGAUGCCGAUGCCAAGAUCAAGUUCCUCGCCGCCGAGGCCCUGCGCGGAGUGGGCGGCAUCAUCCUGAACGCGGAGGGCAAGCGAUUCUGCAACGAGCUGGGUCGCCGUGACUACGUCACGGGCGAGAUGUGGAAGAGCAAGCCGCCUUUCAGGCUCUGCCUCAACAAGGCUGCUUCCGAUGAGAUCAUCUGGCACUGCAAGCACUACACGGGCCGUGGUGUCAUGAAGUACUACGGCAGCGGCGCGGACCUCGCCAAGGACAUGGGCAUCUCCCUGUCCGUGAUCGAGCAGGCGCACGAGGAGCACUUCCAAGCGGCCAAGAAGACGGAGACGCACCCUGACGACGGCCCCUACCCUGCGUACCCCUCCGGCAAGUGCUGGGACGAGGCCAGCGGCAAGACGGGCAGCGGCAAGAAGUUCUUCCACAACAUCAUCCCUGGUGAUGCCGUGAAGAACGAGCCGUUCUACGUGGCCAUCAUCACGCCGGUGAUCCACUACUGCAUGGGUGGACUGCUCAUCGACACGGACUCCGCGUGCAUCGGCUCGGACAACAAGGCGGUCCCGGGCUUGUAUGCUGCUGGUGAGGUCGCCGGCGGCGUGCACGGCAACAACCGCCUGGGUGGCAACUCCCUGCUGGACUGCGUGGUGUUCGGCCGCGUGGCCGGCAAGGCAGCUGCCAAGUACAUGCUGGGUGCGGACAUGAAGGACGUGGACCUCAAAGAGAUCACCGGCGGCGGCCUGACCGGUGCUGUGGAGAGCUCCAAGCUGGCCGGCGGCUCCUACGAGGACAAGAUGAACUCUGCCGCGGCGCCUGCCGCAGGUGCCGCACCCGCGGCCGGUGGCGGCGGUGGCGGGGGCAUGACCCUUGCCGACGUUGCCAAGCACAACACCAAGGCGGACUGCUGGGUGGUGGUCGACGGCCAGGUGCUGGACGUCACCAGCUUCUUGUCGGAGCACCCCGGCGGCGAGCUGGCCAUCCUCACCUUCGCCGGCAAGGACGCCACGGAGGAGUUCAACAUGAUCCACCCUCCGGACGUGAUUGGCAAGUACGCCCCCGACUCCGUGAUCGGCAUGAUCGGCGGCGGUGGUGGUGGAGGCGGUGCUGUGGCUGCUGCCGGCGGAGGCGGCGGCGGUGGUGGCGGCAUCCCCAUGACGGAGGUGGCCAAGCACAACACCAAGGCGGACUGCUGGGUCGUGGUCGAUGGCCAGGUGCUGGACGUCACCAGCUUCUUGUCGGAGCACCCUGGUGGCGAGCUGGCCAUCCUCACCUUCGCCGGCAAGGACGCCACGGAGGAGUUCAACAUGAUCCACCCUCCUGACGUCAUCGGCAAGUACGCCCCCGACUCCGUGAUCGGCGCCGUGGGCUCUGGCGUGGCUGCCGCAGCCAGCGCCGCCCCCAAGGCCGGCGGCGGCGGGCCCAUCAGGAAGGACACGGGCAGCAAGCUCGGCAACCACCAGGCUUGGGGCCAUCUGGACGGCGCGAACAACUGGCGCGUGGACCUGGACGAGAACCCAGGCGUCCUGCUCAUCAACGUGAAGUCCUACUUCAACGCGACCUGGUUCUUCCUUCUCGCGGUGUUGUACGAAGUUUGUGCCACGAUUUUCUCCGCCAAGAACAUCAAGAUCUCCAACGACCGAUUGGGUCUGACGCGCAGCGCCAUCUUGCUGAUCUUGUUCAUCGUCAUCCACGCAGUGGGAAACCUCCACGUCUUCAAAGGCCCGGAUGAUUUCAACGGCUACGGCUACUUCUACGUGCGCCUCUACUGGACGGGCUUCGGCCUGCCGGCCAACAUCGUGGAGGAGUACAUUCUCCUGUCCGUGCUGCUCCACGUCUUCGUGGGCCUGAAGCGAACCUGGGACAUGAAGCUGGCGCUGGUGCAGACUCAGGGCAUCAACGUCCUGAACCUGGCCAUCUCCGGCCUGAUGCUCCUGACCUUCAUGACCAUCCACCUCUUCCAGUUCCGCUUCGGCGACACCGACCAGUUCGGCCCCUACUACAUCCGGCCGCCACCUUACCUCAUCAACUUCUGGGGCAUCUCCUCCCUGAACCUCUUCUGGACCAGCGAAGACAGCAUCGAGCCCGUCGGCGUGCGCGACAUCUACGCCCUGGAGUUUCAAAUUUUCAAGAACCCACUGUGGUCCUUCUUCUACAUCUUCUCAGUGUUCAUCUUCAUGUACCACGCCUGCGUUGGCUGGAAGAAGGUGACGCCCGUGCUUGGCAUCCCCAGAGGCCACAUCUGGCGGGUGGAGCUCAUCGGCUACGGCAUCAUGAUUGUCAUGGGCCUGGUCUAUAUCUCCUUCCCGCUCUACGUCAUGGCCACCAAGCCCUUCGGAGGGCCUCUCCGCCGCUUGGAGAUGCUUCGAGUUUGGGCCGUGUCGGGCAAGGAGCUCGCGGCAAUCCCGGUGGAGGAUCUGAGCAACGUCUGGGCCCUGAAGCAGCAGCUGCGCGAGGUCUGCGAGCACCCGGCGUCGCUCCAGCAGCUCAUGCAUGAGGGCGCCUCUUUGGAGGAUCGCGUCCGGUUAGAUGCGCCCAUGGACGUUCAGCUGGUUUUGCUGCCCUGGGAUCGGACUUUUGAGCAGAAGCGCAAGAUUUCGUCAGAGUUAUGGGAAGGCUGCGACACAGGCCACGAGAAGCUUGUUCGGAUUGUGCUGAAAACCGGAGUGGGCAUGGGGUGCCUUUACUUCAACCCUUCUGACCAUGUCUACUACUAUCCUCUGGAUGUGGCGUCUCGCAAUGGCCAUGUGGAAGUUGUUCGGGUUCUGCUAGCGCAUGCUUAUCCGACGUCCAUCGACGUGGGAAGCAGUUUGGAGAAGGCAUCCAGCAAUGGCCACGUGAAAGUUGUUCGGCUCUUGCUUGAAGCCCCAGAGGCUCUUCGUGACAUCCUUGACAUCUUCUGGAUCGGCCACUCUCUUGAGGCGGCAUCUGCGAAUGGCCACGCGGAAGUUGUGAGCCUUCUGUUGGGAGCGCUGAGCAGCAGAGCGGAGGCAGGUCGACAAAGCUUCGGCGAUGAGAUGGGCAGGUGGAAAGAUCGAGCUCUUUGUAUGGCAUCUUACAGAGGCCGCGUGGAAGUCACCCGGCUCCUGCUGGCAGCUGGUACGGCUCCGGACUCCCGCGACAGGGCGCUCUGCAAAGCCUGCGGUGGAGGCCACGCGGAGGUCGCCAGCUUGCUGCUUGCGGCGGGCACACGACGGCACAAGCGCUCCAGGGCUCUUGUCAAGGCCUGUGGCCGAGGCCACGUAGAAGUCACACAGCUCCUGUCGAAACCGGGCGUUGCCACUCACAAGGACCUGCGCAGGGCCUUUGCUCAAGCAUCAGGCCGUGGACACCUGGACGUUGAGCGCGUCCUGAGGAAGGCCUCUGCCACCCUGAAGGCGGGCGAGAGCACGCUUGCCCAAGGCCUGGGGCGCCGCUUGAAGGUUUUGCAAGUGGAGACCAUGGCGUCCUCCUUCCCCACCAACCAAGCGAUUGUUGUCGGUGGCGGCCUGGGAGGCAUGUCUGCCGCAAACACCGUCGUCGAGCACGGCGGAAGGGUGGUUUUGCUUGAUAAGUCAUCUUUCUGCGGUGGCAACAGCACCAAAGCCACCUCCGGCAUCAACGGCGCAGGCACGAAGACGCAGAAGGCCAAGGGCAUCCCCGACAACGCAGACAUCUUCACCCAGGACACCUUGAAGGGCGGUGCCAAGAAGCCCGAGUUGGCCAAGCUGCUGUGCGUUAACAGCGCUGCAGACGUGGAUUGGCUGGUGGAGAAGUUCAACCUGGACCUGUCGCUCGUGGCCCGUUUGGGCGGCCACUCCCAACCCCGUACCCACCGAGGCAAGGAGCGCUUCCCCGGCAUGACCAUCACCUACGCCCUGAUCCAGAUGCUGGAGAAGGUCGCGGAGAAGACGGACCUGGCGCGCAUCAUCACGAAGGCCAAGGUCUUCAAGCUCGUGACGGAGGGCAAGGCCUGCGUGGGCUGCGUCUACGAGAAGGGCGGCCAGAACUUCCAGGAGUUCGGCCCCGUGAUCCUCGCAUCAGGCGGCUUCGGCGCCGACUUCACCCAGAACUCCCUGCUGGCCAAGUAUCGCCCGGACCUGCUGCACCUGCCCACCACCAACGGCGAGCACUGCACAGGCGACGGCAUCAAGAUGGGCGAGGCCAUUGGGGCCAAGACGAUUGACCUCGAGUGGGUGCAGGUCCACCCAACCGGCCUGGUGAAGCCGGACGACGCGGACGCCAAGAUCAAGUUCCUGGCUGCGGAGGCCCUGCGCGGCGUGGGCGGCAUCAUCCUCAACGCGGAGGGCAAUCGCUUCUGCAACGAGCUGGGGCGCAGAGACUACGUCACCGGCGAGAUGUGGAAGAGCAAGCCGCCCUUCAGGCUUUGCCUGAACAAGGCCGCGUCGGAUGAGAUCAUCUGGCACUGCAAGCAGCUUCAGCUGAGAAUGGCAAAGGUCAUGAAGUACUACUCGAGUGGCGAGGAUCUCGCGAAAGACAUGGGUGUGUCCCUGUCCGUGAUCGAGAAGGCACACGAGGACCUCAUGCGCCGCUUGGUAGGAACACUUCAGCAACAAGAGGAGCACUACCAGGCAGCCAAGAAGACGGAGUCGGACCCCGAUGGAGGCAGCUGGCCCGCGUAUCCCUCCGGCAAGUCCUGGGAUGAGGCCAGUGGCAAGACCGGCAGCGGCAAGAAGUUCUACCACAACAUCAUUCCGGGCUCCGCGGUGAAGAGCGAGUCCUUCUACGUGGCCAUCAUCACGCCGGUGAUCCACUACUGCAUGGGCGGCCUGCUCAUCGACACGGACUCCGCAUGCAUCGGCUCGGACAACAAGCCGGUCCCGGGCCUGUAUGCUGCUGGCGAGGUCGCCGGCGGCGUGCACGGCAACAACCGCUUGGGUGGCAACUCCCUGCUGGACUGCGUGGUGUUCGGCCGCGUGGCCGGCAUCGCAGCCGCCAAGUACAUGCUGGGUGCGGACAUGAAGCCGGUGGACCUGAAAGAGAUCACCGGCGGAGGCCUGACCGGCGCCGUGGAGAGCUCCAAGCUGGCCGGCGGCUCCUACGAGGACAAGAUGAACUCUGCCGCAGCGCCUGCCGCAGGUGCCGCACCCGCGGGCGGUGGCGGCGGCGGUGGCGGCGGCAUCACCCUUGCCGACGUUGCCAAGCACAACACUAAGGCGGACUGCUGGGUGGUGGUCGAUGGCCAGGUGCUGGACGUCACCAGCUUCUUGUCGGAGCACCCCGGCGGCGAGCUGGCCAUCCUCACCUUCGCCGGCAAGGACGCCACGGAGGAGUUCAACAUGCAGCUCGGCAGACCAUGCAACAGGCAGAUCCAUCCUCCCGAUGUCAUCGGCAAGUACGCACCCGACUCGGUGAUCGGAAUGAUCGGAGCCGGAGGCGGCGGCGGCGGCGCCGUGGCGGCUGGCGGUGGCGGCGGGGGUGGUGGCGGCAUCACCAUGGAAGAGGUCGCCAAGCACAACAGCAAGUCGGACUGCUGGGUUGUGGUGGACGGACAGGUCCUGAACGUCACCAGCUUCUUGUCGGAGCACCCCGGUGGCGAGCUGGCCAUCCUCACCUUCGCCGGCAAGGACGCCACGGAGGAGUUCAACAUGAUCCACCCUCCGGACGUGAUCGGCAAGUACGCGCCAGACUCCAUCAUUGGCAAGGUGGGCUCCGGGGCUCCUGCAUCCGCGCCCGCAGCCUCCGGCGGAGCAGCGGCCCCGCUGCUGGACAAGGGUGGACACAAGGGCAAAGAUUGGAGUCGCUCGGAGAAGAACCGGGACCUGCGCAUGAAGGGCGAGGGCAAGAUUGGGGGAUGGAUUGGCGCUAUCUGCUAUAUGGUCUUGGGCUUCAUGAAGGAGAUCCUCUUCACCAUCGUGCCGCAGAGCAACGUGACCAUCACCGGCGACCGCGUUGGCCUCACCCGCUCGGCGAUGUUCCUCUUCAUCUUCAUCAUCAUCCACGCCGUGGGAAACCUGCACGUCUUCCUUGGCCCGGACGACUUCAACGGCUACGGCUACUUCUACGUGCGCCUCUACUGGACCGGCUUCGGCUUCCAGGCCAACAUCGUCGAGGAGUACAUCCUCCUGGCGGCCCUGCUUCAUGUCUUCGUCGCCCUCAAGAGGACGUGGGACAUCAGCAUCAACUACACUGUCGCGUCCGGUAAGUUGAACCUGGCGUUCUCCGGGAUCACCCUCCUCACCUUCAUGAUGAUCCACCUCUACCAAUUCCGGUUCGGUGACACCAAGCCCUGGAAGUUGUGCCCGCCGCCCUACCUGCUGAACCUGAAGACGCUGCUCCAGCUCAGGCUGAACCUCUUCUGGGUGGACGAUCCCGGCUGCGAGGCGGUGUACGUCCGCGACAUCUACCGCAUGGAGUUCGAGAUCUUCCAGUCCUUGGGCUGGGUGCUCUUCUACCUGGCGGCCGUGAUCAUCUUCAGCACGCACAUGUGCCUCGGCUGGCAGAAGGUUGUGCCCGCGCCAGCCUUGGAGAUCCCCAAGAAGUACCACAGCCGGGCCAUCCACAUGGGCUACGUCUUCACCUUCUUCAUCGCCCUGGUCUACGUCAGCUUCCCGCUCUACACCCACAUCUUCUCCAUGUCCUCCGGCAGCAUGAGCGUCGAGCCGGCGCAGCCGUAG